UGAAGGUCUUUACUCAUCAGUAGAUGAUUGACGCUUCAACAGGUGACUGAGUUGUCCGUGCAAUAUCAGAAUGCUCCUAGUGGUAUGAGAGCUGGUCCCCUGGGUUUACAGUCGACCCUCCGUGCUUCCUUCUUUUCCUGCCCUGCUUCUCACUGUCCACAUGCAGGCGAAGAAGCGAUACCUGCUGGUAUCUGUGGGGGCCUGUAGCCUGCUACUAGCCUACCUGUGUGGCCUACAAAUCGGUGAGUUCCACAACCAGAACCAUGCCGAGCUUUACGGAGUCUCACAGAUCGCCGGUGUCCCACCUCGGCCGCCCCGCUGGCCGGAAUGGGUGGAUCCUCCCCUGCAGACAUACCUUGGUGAGGCCGAGCAGGAAGAGGACGGACCCCUGCUUCUUCAUCAACACACGUCUCCUCGCGAGAGACGAGAAAUACAGAAGAACAUCUACAAGAGCCGGCGAUGUCGCAUGGAGACCUGCUUCGAUUUCCAGCGCUGCGAACGGGGGUUUAAAAUCUACGUGUAUCCGCCUCAGAAAGGUGAAGCGCCCUCGGAAAGCUACCAGAAGAUUCUGGCAGCCAUCGAGGAAUCGCGGUUCUACACAACGGACCCUAAUGAGGCCUGUCUGUUUGUAUUGAGUAUAGACACCCUAGACAGGGACCAGCUGUCCUCUCAGUAUGUACAUAACGUCCGAGCCCGAAUUCAAAGCCUCCCUCUGUGGUACGAAGGGAGGAACCAUCUGAUUUUUAACUUGUACUCUGGAACGUGGCCUGAUUAUACGGAGGAACUAGGCUUCGAUAUCGGCCAAGCCAUGCUGGCCAAGGCCAGCACCGACAUGGACAACUUUAGACCGCGCUUUGAUGUGUCCAUCCCUUUGUUUUCAAAAGACCAUCCUCAGAAAGGAGGGAGCAAAGGUUAUCUGAAUCUUAACAAUGUCCCUCCCUUACGGAAAUACUUGCUGGUCUUCAAAGGGAAGAGGUAUCUAACUGGCAUCGGUUCUGAAACCAGAAAUGCUUUAUAUCAUAUACAUAAUGGGGAUGAUAUAAUUUUAUUGACUACCUGCAAACACGGGAAAGACUGGGAGAAACAUAAGGAUGCAAGGUGCGACAGAGACAAUGAAGAAUACACAAAGUUUGAUUAUCAAGAGCUGCUACACAACUCCAGUUUUUGCCUUGUUCCUCGGGGCAGGCGGCUCGGGUCCUUCCGCUUUCUAGAGGCCCUGCAGGUUGGUGACUCUGAAGUUUGCUUGUCUAAAGCUCUGUCACGCCAUGCUUCCUUUCAUAACAGGUUUGAUUAUCAAGAGCUGCUACACAACUCCAGUUUUUGCCUUGUUCCUCGGGGCAGGCGGCUCGGGUCCUUCCGCUUUCUAGAGGCCCUGCAGGUGUUUUUGAUUGGCCUGAAUGUUUUUAGGGCUCAGCCGUUUGGAGCCCUGAGGUUGCACUACCCUGACGUAGAAGUUAUUGAUAUUGACAUUCUGUCAUCUUUUCAAAAACACCCAGAGAAGAUUCUUAUAUUGGAGAGGAGAGGUAAGAGUCCGUCUCAGGAGUUUACAGCCAUCAUUCAAGUGGUCACACCUCUACAGUCCCAACAGCAGCCCAUAUUCAAACUGAUCCAUGCGGUCGCCAAGUCCAAGUUCUGUGCGCAGAUUUUAGUGCUGUGGAACUAUGAGAAGCCUCCACCACCUAGAAACAAGUGGCCCUCCAUCACAACACUCUUCUCUAUCAUUGAGGGCAAAAGAAAGACGAUGAGUGGACGUUUUUUCCCUCAUCAAGCUAUCAAAACUGAUGCAGUUCUCAGCCUGGACGAGGACUCGGUUCUGUCCACCAAUGAGGUGGAUUUCGCCUUCAUCGUUUGGCAAAGUUUUCCAGAUCGGAUCGUAGGCUACCCAGCACGCAGCCAUUACUGGGACAGCGGGAAGGGAAGGUGGGGUUAUACCUCUAAAUGGACCAAUGAAUACUCCAUGGUGCUCACAGGAGCUGCGUUCUACCACAGGUAUUAUCAUCACUUGUACACAUACUACCUGCCGACGUCUCUGCUGUCAACGGUGGACCAGUUGGCCAACUGUGAGGACAUCCUAAUGAAUUUCCUCAUCUCCGCAGUAACCAAACUCUCGCCAAUCAAAGUCACACAGAAAAAACAGUACAAGGAGACCAUGAUGCAGCAGGGCUCUAAGGCGUCUCGAUGGGCCGACCCAGACCACUUUGCACAGCGUCAGUCCUGCAUGAACUCUUUCACGAGCUGGUUCGGCUUCAUGCCUCUCCUUCACUCUCAGUUGCGUCUGGAUCCCGUCCUCUUCAAAGACCAGGUCUCUAUCCUACGCAAGAAAUACAGAGACAUUGAGAGGUUGUGAGGGGCGAAUCCCUCCCAAACUCCGCUGAACUCAUCCGGACAUCCCCUAACAGACCUGCAGUGUUCAGUUCACCUGGACUCAUUAGAGACCAGAUACAAAUACAAUAUAUUCCAUCUACAGAAUAAAUGAUAACAAAAUAUGCAACAUUGAAUGAUUUUAUCUGCGGCCGAAGAUUUCGUGGCAAGCAUUUGCUCAGAAUAGGGCCGGCUCCUUGCGUGUUUGAAUUUGUUGUUGUCGUCGGUGUUGUUGUCUGCGAGGGCCGUAGCCGCUGCACAUUUAUGAACAAGAGGCAAAAGAGGCGUGUGAAUGGAUGAAAACAGCUCAACGAGUCACCUAUGCCUGCAAUAUGUAUUUUAAUUUCAAUUA